AUGGCUCCGGCCGUCCCUAGGCUACGCAUUCUGUCAGUGGGCGGAAAUGCCGUCUCCGCCUUCCUCUCGUGGCGGUUACAAGCGACCAACGCCUGCGACGUCACGCUCGUAUGGAAGUCUGGAUACGAGAGCGUCGCACAGUACGGCAUCUCGUUCAAAUCUGCCCUCUAUGGCAACGAGCGCUUCAAGCCUCACUCUGUCGUUCGAACCCCCGAAGAUGCCGCCCAUUCUUCCAAACAGCCCUUUGACUACGUUCUCCUCUGCGUCAAAGCCCUGCCUGACGUGUACGAUAUCGCAAACAUCAUCGAGUCGGUCGUCUCUCCCCAGCAUACCUGCAUCCUUAUGAACACCACACAUAGCCUGGGCGUCGAAUCAUACCUGGAGCAGCGUUUCCCUACAAAUGUUGUCCUUUCAUUGGUAUCGGGAGCAGAAAUUUCACAAAUCGGUGCGAGCGAAUUCGAGCACAAGGGAGCGACCAACAUCUGGGUUGGCCCGGCCAGCAGGAACUCUGCCAUUCCAGCACAGAUUCAGUCGGAUAUGGCUGAGGCGCUGGCCAUGACGUUAAAUUCCGGCCAGGUCGACUGCCAAGUCGCUCCCAACAUAAGGCAACAGCAAUUUGAGCGUAUGAUAGGUCCCAUCGCUUUUCACCCGGCCAGUGUUCUCUUUGAAACAGCGAACCACGCAGAGCUUAUGGAGAAGGUCGGCGUUCGUGCUCUUAUUACUGGAGUGCUCGACGAACUACUUGCACUUGCCAGCGCUCAGGGCUGCACAUUCCCCGCUGACUUCCGGGAAACAACCAUUCACCAGAUGACCCAAUCACAAGAGAACAACAGCACCAUGUGGUUGGACUUUGAGGCUAAGCGUCCCAUGGAGAUUGAGACUUACCUUGGAUCCCCACUGAAACUGGCUCUUGAAGUAAAGGUCGCUCUACCCCGUAUCGAGACCCUCUACGCUACCCUUCACCACCUCAACGUCGUCAAUCGAACCAGACCUGCUGCUGGUGCUACACCCACACCCUCCCAAAACAUGCAACACCCACCGCCUCCCCCACGACUCUCGUCAGCUCCUCUGCCGCGAGGACCGCCAGGCCCGAAUGGUCCAGGACCCAUGAUGAACGGGAAUGGCCCUAUGAAGGGUGGGCCUCGUCCGGGAAACCGCGCACCCUCAAUCACCGGCGUCCCACCCAUGAUGCGUCGUGGCCCACCGCCAGGCAUGAACGGCUACCCCCCACGCAUGAACGGAGCCCCCAACGGCCAGCGUCGCCCGUCUCUCGAGGCCAACGACUUGGAAGAAUUCUCACAUCUGAUGCUGUACGAUGACAUGGUCGAAGGCGGUCCUCCCGGCGUACCCAACGGCAAUUACGAAAAUGGUGCAGCUUCGUCGAACAACAUCUCGCUUCGUGAGAGGGAGUUGAUGAUCAGACAGCGCGAGAUACAGCUCCGAGAGCAAGAGCUCAACAUGCGCCGCGGCCCUCCUCCAGGACAAGGUCGAGGACGGCCUCCACCACCGCAAUCUGUGAAUGGCUUCGACGAUGACGAAGAUGAGGACGAUUUCUUCGAUCCAAUGGCAGGAGGUCGCCAACCUGGACCUACAAUCGACCCUGACAAUUUUGACAUGAUGAGUGUCACUUCGCGGCGCUACCGCAAGGCCCCGAGUGCCGGCCAAAUUCGUAACAACCCAGAGGGCACGGGAUACAUGCCCGGCCCUCAGGGUCGCUCGAGGAACCCAUUCGGACGUCCCGGAAUGAACAAGAACCGAGCUUCAUCACGAAUCAUGGAUAUUCCGAAUCUUCACGACUCGAUCAUGAACAACCCACUGCUGGGCUACUCGUCUAACCGAUACGCCGAUGUCGAUCGUGGCGCUAUGGGCGCUCAAUCGAGAACGAACUCACUGACUGCAUCACGUCUAGACGAAAUGCAAGGAGGUGGAAACUACGGUGGCUAUCCUUCAAUGAGCCGCCGUACAAGCCAAUCGCCUGGCAACCCUCUUAGCCCUGGUCCACGACCAGUGGGCCGACCAUCUCCUCCCAACGGCUACGCACCAAAUGGGAUGCCUCCAAAUGGAAUGCCAAUGAACGGUAUGCCACCGAACGGCAUGCCUCGCAAUGGGCCCAACGGACGUCCUUCCCCUCCCGGCAUGAGGCAGCCCAUCCCUCUCCCCAACGGGGCGCCGCAACCAAUGGAACAACAUGCUGGGGUGAGCACUCUUUACCCGCCCAAAUCUCGUCCAAAUGUUCGCAGUCUGACUGGAUCCGCAAGCGCUAGCGCGGGUAGUAAUUCCACCGAAGAAGAUUCGGCACACAGCAGCCAGAGCAGCCUUGGACCUCAUCCUCCACUCGGCGUCCGGUAA